UUAACAAAAAAGUCAAUACAAUUUUGUAUUGAUGGCUCCAAUUUCAGGCUAUCAGACGCGUAGUACUAAUUAAUUAUGUUAAUCCUCUGCUUUAAUUGUUCAUCUUCUUAACGAAUAGAAAUUGCUCACGGGCCAUGAGUUUCGUACAGAUUAAAGGUAAUUAAAGGAAUGGAGGGAACGGGCAUCAAAGGGCAUCCCGAUCAGGGGCCGGGGUCUCCAAGAGCAGAGGUGGGAGAGAUUGACACCAGAGCCCCAUUCCAAUCUGUGAAGGCCGCUGUCAGCUUAUUCGGCGCAAUGCGGAGGAUGAAGCCUCAAACCAAAACGUCAAAAUCUUCUGCAGAGAGGGUGCUGGACAAGGAAACCCAGCUCCACCUGGCCGAGAAAAAGCGAACCAAAUUGAAGGAACAGCUGAAGAAUGCCGAGAAUACGAAAGGCAGAGCACAUUUCGAUCUUGAAAAGGCAAAGAGAACGCUGCAGGAUCUAACCAACAAGCUCAAAGCCGUGAUGGACUCGAAGAAAUCAGCCGUAGAGGCUACCGAAGCAGCGAAGGCUCGGGCUAAACAGCUGGAAGAAGCACAUUCCCUGAAACCCCCUGGAAGCAGGAACACAUGGAGAGAGGAAUUAGAUCACGAAAGGGACCAGUACAGAACUGCCAGUAAUGAGCUUGCCAUUGUGAAGCAGGAGCUCAGGAAAAUCCAGCAGGACUUCGAUUCGUUCCUCGAAGCCAAAAUUGUGGGGUUUCAGCAGGCGGCGGAUGCCCAACACGCAUUAAAGAUUAACAGAAAAAAAAUGAGUGAGCUAGCCAAGGACAUAGCAGCUAUGCAGGAAUCCCUAAAUCAUGUGAAGCUUGCCACUCAACAAGCUAAAGAGGAGCAGGCAAAGAUUAUGACGGAGAGAAGCGAGCACCAAAAAUCCCACAAAGCUGCCAUUGAGGAAACUGAGAUGAAGUUGGCGUGUUCGAAGAGCGAGUUCGAUCCCGAACUUGCCACAGAUCUCGAGGAGAAGCUAGUGGAAGCCACCCGGGAGAUUGAAAUUUUGCAAGAGGAAAUAAAAAUUGCCAGGGCUUCCAGCCUGGAUUCUGUGAGAAUCCUAAGUUUGGAGCUCGACGAUGCUAAGAAGGUGCUGCAGAAGGUUACGGAAGACGAAAGCUCGCUGCGAGGCGUGGUUGAUUGGCUGAAGCAGGAACUGGAGAACGCGAAGAGGGAUUGCUUCAAACUAAAGGAAAAGGAAGCAGUGAGAGAGUCAGUGACAGGGAGCUUACACGAGGAGGUUGAGAAGAGCAAGACAGAGCUAGAAACAGCGCUUGCAGAGGAAGACAAAGUAGGAGAGGCUUCCAAUGAGAUGAGAUCAACCCUGCAACAGCUGUCCUCAGAAUCUCAAGACACGAGACAAGAAGUGGAGGAAAUAAGCAAGAGCAUUGAAGACUUGAAGACGGAAGCCGAAAGAAUGCGAAACGCAGCGAACGAGGCAGAGGAGAAGCUGCAGGUUGCAGUGGAAGAGGCUCAAGAGGCAAGAGAAGCAGAGGAGGAUGCUCUUGAUCAGAUUAAGAUGAAGGUUUUGUACGAAAAAAGUGCUUAUGGUGCUCCUACUCCGGUGGAUCUCCCAGAUGGCGCCGGUGCCAUAAUCAACCUGUCAGCAGAGGAGUUCGAAUCGUUGAGUCGGAAAGCUGAGGAGUCGGAGGAGUUGGCAGACGUGAAAGUGGCGGCCGCCGUGGCUGAGAUGGAAGCCAUCAAGUCGAGGGAAAGGGAAGCGGCGGAGAAGUUAGAGGGGAGGAUGAAGGAGAUCGAUGAUAUUAAGAGUGAAACAAAGGAAGCAGUGAAGAAAGCAGAGAUGGCAGAGGCGGCAAAGAUGGCGGUGGAGGGCGAGCUCAAGAGGCGGCGUCAAGAAGAAGAAGAACAAAAGAAAGCCUUCCACAGUAUUACUACUGCCUCCCACGAUCUUGAACUUCCGUAAAAGGAAGAAUAAAUGUGACUAUAUAUGUAUACAAACAAAUUCAACACAGCAGCCUUAGAUUUGAACAGCAAAAAUUUACAUAGAAAAAGAAGAACCAAUGUUUUGUUUUGUUUUACGUUUUUUUUGCAUGGGACUAAGAUUGGGGGUGCUUGAAAAUUAAAUUGCAGCUGUGAAUGAAUGGGUAAGGAAAGAAUAUGGAACAUUAUACAGGACUUUUCUAGAAUGCCAAACGUGGAGUUUAAUCUGUAUUUUGAGGUCAUGCACCAACUAAAUACAUUUGGAAAUAAAAUAUACUAAAUCAAUGAAUAAAAUUUUAA